AAGUUCCACGAUUUUGGCAUCACUGCAUCUGACGUUAGUGUGUUCAUAGGGAAGUACACCAUUCCGUAUCCAUAUUGAUUCAUAUAUACUACACUACAAUACAUAUAUACAGAUCAGUACUCGUCUCGUAUUUACUUGUAUCGAUUCAUCCCUAAGUGUAAAUAGUUUUUCUCUUUUUAUCUUACAACAACCAAAACAAGCAUAUGUAUUUACCAUAUGUCUUCGGUUUUCAGACUAUCACAAACCUGUGAAGUUUCAUCAAAAUAGUAAGGUCUCUAGCAAGUGUUAUACAAUCGUACUGGUUUUUCACGUAACUACCCCUGCCUAUCGGAGUUUGCGCACGAUUUCUGGAAACAUGGAUUGACAUGAAUUCCCCGAGCAGAUACAUGUCUUUAUCACACUCUGAUGUUCCGUGAAUUUCCAACAUCUAUGGAAAAUGAUAUAAGAUAGAUUCGUAUUCUAUUCUUAUAUCCUAAUUAGUAUCGUGUAAUUAAUUACCAAUCGGUAUAAUGUCUCAAGCCUAUAUUCACGCGUGCGAAAGAGCAGAAUUGCUAGGAUUGCCAAUACCAAGUGAAGAGGAGUGGAAAGAGACACAGACGAUAGAGAAAAAUCGUACUAAUGACGAUAAUGACAAUACGAUCAUUCAGAACUUGGAUACCUCAAAUGAAGCUGCACAACGCGUUAGUGGUGGAUUGGAUGAACUAAACAGCAUUCUCAAUGCAACGCAAAAGAAGAUUAAUAGAUUCAAGACUGUUUGUGGCAGUUUGGGUACUUUACUAAAAGUAAAAGUGGGAUCUAAAAACAAUACACCAGAUCGUAAAACUACUGAAGGAAAUCGCAAUGAGCCGAAGGAUAUUAUCAAUGAGACAGAAAUAAAUGAAGAACAAUUGACAGUAGAUUUAUCAAAAGAUGAAAAAACGAUAGAAAAUAUAAAGUCGAACUCAACAACACAAAAACAAAUAGAUAUCAAUGAAAAAAUGGGAUCUCAUUUGGAUAAACUGGAUUGUCUUAUUACAAAAGCUGAAAAUGCUCAAUAUAGUAUGCAACAUCAAACAAAACAAAUGAAAAAAUUUCUGAAAUAAUGAAUAUGCAUUCAAAGCAUAUUAUCCUAUAAUUGUGAGGACUAUUGCAGCUAGUAUAUGCUUGAUAAAGUACAAUUUAAUACUGCAUAUCCAAAGACAUAUGCAUAUUGU